GAGAGAGAGAGAGAGAGUAAAAAGAAAGAGAGAGAGAGAGACAACAACCUCACUGCCUUCUUCUGUCUCUCACACGCACACACAUACACACACGCGCGUCUCGUAAGGAAGCAGAAUGAACGCUGCCACAGUAUGGGCUGAAGACGUCCAUCGCUGAAAGACACAGGACAGAAAGAGUGCGGGAAACAACAACAAAGAAGCAGCGAGCGCGUUUCUAAAAAAAAGGAGAGGCAGGCUGGAAAAUUGGUGGAAGGGAGCCGUGGAGACGGAGCGGGACAGAGGAACAGCCCGUCUGUCUGUGGCGGGACAGCAGACGCCGAACGCUCACACACGCACCAUGGUGGUCCAGGCAGCCGUGACCCCCGGUAGGACCCGCAGGCUCCUGCUCAAGCUGCCGGUGGGAACACUGAGGAGGAACAGCGAGGAGAGGAUGACGGAAGGGCGGAGAUGUCAGGUCCAUCUCCUGGAUGACAGGAAACUGGAGCUCCUGGUACAGCCCAAGCUAAUGGCGAAGGAUCUUCUUGACCUGGUGGCGUCCCAUUUCAACCUCAAGGAGAAGGAAUAUUUUGGAAUCUCUUAUGUUGAUGAGACGGGUCAUUUCAGCUGGUUGCAGUUAGAUCGCCGUGUUCUGGAACACGAGUUUCCCAAGAAAUCUGGACCCAUUGUGCUAUACUUCUGCGUAAGGUUCUACAUUGAAAGCAUCUCUUACCUUAAGGAUAAUGCCACAAUCGAGCUGUUCUUCCUCAAUGCAAAGUCCUGCAUCUAUAAGGAGCUCAUAGAGGUGGACAGCGAGGUGGUGUUUGAACUAGCCUCCUACAUCUUACAGGAGGCUAAAGGAGACUUCACGAGUAAUGACGUUACUAGGGCUGAUCUGAAGAAACUGCCAGCACUGCCUACACAAGCACUGAAGGAGCACCCUUCACUCGCAUACUGUGAGGACCGGGUCAUUGAGCACUAUAAGAAGCUAAGUGGACAGUCCAGAGGCCAGGCUAUCGUCAACUAUAUGAGUAUAGUGGAGUCCUUGCCCACAUAUGGAGUGCAUUAUUACGCUGUUAAGGAUAAGCAGGGUAUCCCAUGGUGGCUGGGCUUGAGUUAUAAAGGCAUUUUUCAAUAUGACUACCAGGACAAAGUCAAACCAAGAAAGGUGUUCCAAUGGAGACAGUUGGAGAAUCUGUACUUCAGGGAGAAGAAGUUCUCAGUGGAAGUCCAUGACCCCAGAAGUAGGGCGUCGGUAACGCGGAGGACGUUUGGUCACAGUGGCAUCGCCGUGCACACCUGGUACGCCUGUCCCACCCUCAUCAAAUCCAUCUGGGCCAUGGCCAUCAGCCAACACCAGUUCUACCUGGACCGCAAACAGAGCAAGAGUAAAAUCCACGCAGCGCGCAGUCUGAAUGAGAUAGCCAUAGACCUGACAGAAACAGGGACCCUCAAAACCUCCAAACUGGCCAACAUGGGCAGCAAAGGCAAAAUCAUCAGCGGGAGCAGCGGGAGCCUACUGUCCUCAGGCUCUCAAGAGUCGGACAGCUCUCAGACUGCGAAGAAAGACAUGUUGGCGGCUCUGAGGGCUAGACAGGAAGCUCUGGAGGAGACGCUCAGACAGAGAAUAGAGGAACUCAAGAACAUCUGCAUCAGAGAAGCGGAGCUAACUGGAAAACUUCCGAAGGAGUAUCCUCUGGAUCCUGGCGAGGAGCCGCCCACUGUCAGACGCAAAAUCGGCACAGCCUUCAAACUGGACGAACAGAAAAUCCUGCCAAAAGGAGAGGAAGAGGAACUGGAGCGUUUGGAACGAGAAUUUGCCAUUCAGUCUCAGAUAACAGAGGCGGCACGAAGGUUAGCAUCAGAUCCUCACAUCAACAGCAAGAAACUGAAGAAACAAAGGAAGACGUCAUAUCUAAACGCUCUGAAGAAGCUGCAAGACAUUGAGAACGGCAUCAAUGAAUAUCGCGUUCGCUCCGGGAAGAAGCCAACACAACGUGCCUCUCUCAUCAUAGAGGAAGCCAAUAUCGGCUCAGAGGACAGCUCUCUGUCUGACGCUCUGGUGCUAGAUGAUGAUGACCCCCAGGUGACAGGAACCCCCACGUUCUCUCCGGCUGCUUCUCCACACAAGGGUCUCCCUCCCCGACCUCCAUCCCACAGCCGGCCGCCCCCGCCGCAGUCCCUGGACGGACUGAGACACCUGCACUAUCAGCGCAGCGACUACGACAAGUCCCCGAUCAAACCGCGCAUGUGGAGUGAAAGCUCAUUAGACGAACCCUACGAACGUGUGAAGAAACGCUCCUCACACUCCAGUAGUCACAGGCGGUUCCCCAGCACAGGCAGCUGUGAGGCGGGAGUGAGCAACUCUCUCCAGAACAGCCCUGUACGCUCCCUCCCUCACUGGAACAGCCAGUCCAGCAUGCCCUCCACCCCUGACCUGAGGACACGAAGCUACGUCCAUUCGGCCAGUCUGACUCAGCCGUUCCGGGGCCGGAGCUCCAGUCUGGAGUCUCAAGGGAAGCUGCUCUCCUUAGAAGCGGACACUGAAGCGGGACUCAGUCCUGACCUGUUUCUCUCAGGCCCCCAGAGGACAGGAAGCAAUGGUUCUGUGGUCCCAGAUGACUGCUCAUCCUGCACCAGCCACUCCAGCUCAGAACAUUAUUACCCUUCGUCCACCUCCAACCCCAACUACUGUACUCUGGCAGAGGACUCACCCUCCAAAGCUCGACAGCGUCAAAGGCAGCGGCACAAGUCUGCGGGACACCUAGGCACGUCCAGCUCUGGCAGCAUGCCAAACCUGGCGGCCCGAAACGGCAGCACCCACGGAGGAGUAUGUGGCAGCCAUCAGGGGGUUUACCUGCACAGCCAGAGCCAGCCGUCCUCACAGUACCGCAUCAAAGAGUACCCGUUAUACACGGAGGGCAGCAGCCCCAACGCCGUGGUGGUCCGCAGUUUGGAGAAUGACCAAGAGGGGCACUACAGCGUGAAGGCACAGUUCAAGACCUCCAACUCAUACACAGCUGGAGGACUUUAUAAGGAGGGCUGGGGCUCCGGGGAGGAUGGGGAAGCGGGUGGUGGUGGUGGAAGCGGGAGGUUGACACCAUCACGUUCCCAGAUCGUGAGGACUCCGUCGCUGGGCAGGGAAGGUGGAGGUGGUGGAGGACGGGCAGCUGUGUCGGAGGAGCUGCGGUGCUGGUAUCAGCGCUCGUCUGGAUCCAUAAAGGAGCACAGCCGCGUCACACACACCAGCUCCAACUCUUCAGAUGGACGCGGAGGACGGAUAGGAACGCUAGUCAAAGGGUCACCAGCUGCGUCUCCACACAGUCAGAGGAGUGGUACGCCCUGCAGUGACCCUGCAGCUACGCCCCCCUGCAGCCCACAACACAUACUCAACUGGCAGAGCGGAUCACCAUUUGCCGACAUUACUUUUCUGAGCAGUCCCCUGUGCUCUGAGCUAGCAGACGUACAGUGGUACGGGCACGAGAAGGCAAAGCCGGGAACGCUCGUCUAAACCGUCAUCCCUCUUCCCUCUCUCUUUCAAAGGGUGUUCAGAAGGGCAGGCCUGACCACAGCCUGGACCUCAACUCAUCCCAACACACCUGUGGCUGGAGCCAGUACCACCUCGACCUCUCCUUCCUCUCCUCCUCUCUGUCUAUCCGGCGGUACAGUGCUUACAAACUAUGGGAAUACAAGAGUCAGAAAGAACUGAGCUUGACCUUGUCUAUACCUCCCUCUUGGACUUUUGAACUCUGACCCAGUUAGCUGGCAGCCGGUUCCUCUAAAUGCACAAACCCAUCCAUCGCUGGAGUGAUGUGUGUAAGAGAGACGUCUUAUGCGCGUUGUACUAUAAGUGAACCCCACUCAUGCACACACACACACAUGCUCAAAUAGACGUAUUGGUCCCCUGCUGUCGUGUGUGUUCCUCUGCACUGAUGCCAGAGAGCCGAUGUCAUUCUCUCUCAUGCACAAAAACACAUUCCGAUGGAUUGCUUUGACGUCAGCCAUUUUUGUAGAUCUUUACGUUCUCAGUGUGACCACAAGCCCCUCCUUCAUCUCACAGCGCCUCUUCUGAUUGGACAGGAUUACAUCAUAAGCCCCUCCUUCAUCUCAUAGCGCCUCUUCUAAUUGGACAGGAUUACAUCAUAAGCCACUCCUUCAUCCUACAGCACCUCUUCUGAUUGGAUAGAAGCACAUCAAAAGCCACUCCUUCAUCCUACAGCGCCUCUUCUGAUGGGACAGAAGUAUAUCAAAGGCUCCUCCUUCAUCCUACAGCGCCUCUUCUGAUUGGAUAGAAGCACAUCAAAAGCCAUUCCUUCAUCCUACAGCGCCUCUUCUGAUUGGAUAGAAACACAUCAAAAGCCACUCCUUCAUCCUGCAGCGCCUCGUCAGAUUGGGCAGAAGCACAUCAAAAGCCACCCCUUCAUUCUACAGCACCACUUUUGAUUGGACAGGAGUAGAUCAAAGGCUCCUCCUUCAUCCUACAGCGUGUCUUCUGAUUGGAUAGAAGCACAUCAAAAGCCACUCCUUCAUCCUGCAGCACCUCUUCUGAUUGGACAGGAGUAGAUCAAAGGCUCCUCCUUCAUUCUACAGCGCCUCUUCUGAUUGGACAGAAGCACAUAAAAUGCCCCUCCUUCAUCCAACAUUGCCUCUUCUGAUUGGACAGAAGCACAUAAAAUGCCCCUCCUUCAUCCAACAUUGCCUCUUCUGAUUGGACAGUAGCACAUUAAAGCCCCUCUUUCAUCCUACAGAAUCUUUUCUGAUUGGACAGGAUUACAUAAUAAGCCCCUCCUUCAUCCUACAGCACCUCUUCUGAUUGGACAGGAUCACAUUAUAAGCCGCUCCAUCAUCCUACUGCUCCUCUUCUGAUUGGACGGGAUCACAUUAUAAGCCGCUCCAUCAUCCUACUGCUCCUCUUCUGAUUGGACAGGAUUACAUAAUAAGCCGCUCCUUCAUCCUACAGUGACUCUUCUUAUUGGACCAUAUUGCAUCAAAAGCAACACCUUCAUCCUUUUCUGAUUGGACAAGAGUGCAUCAUAAGCCCCUCCCACUGUUUGUGAACUUGAUAUUUUGUGAGCAUUUGAAAAGCUGUUCUUGGAUUUAAAAAUGAGCCCUGAUUUUUUUAUAUAUCACUCGAGAUGCUGACGUUGCUAAAAGCGUCACAGACUGCGUCGAAACUUUGUACUUAAUGUUGGUUCGUCAAUCUCUCAACGUCACUGAUUCCAGUUCAGGAAGUUCAACCGUAUUUCUUUGCAGAACAUAGCUAACUUUUAGAAGCCAUAGCUGUACAAAUCUGACACGUUAGGUUAGAGGCAUUAGCAUGAUUAUCUGCGUUGAACGACCAAUCGGUGAACUCAGGCCACGUACUUUGCUACUGCGUCAAACUCGCCAUCAUGGUGCUCAGAGCCUGAACUGUACAUCCCACAAUGCCCUGCUGUACGGCCCACACUGCAUGCAGAACCAUCGCAAUCCCCAGCGUAUAGUGUUGUGACAUCAGUGAAGAAAAAAAAAACGUUCUCCGAACACUCCUGGCCUUAUUGGUUUUCAGUUUUUACGUGUCUGUUUUUUAAUACUCGAGAUUUUACUUCACUGUAACACCGUUUUGACAUGCGUUGGUAUUUAUUAAGUCAGAUGAGCACAACGCAAGGUGGCACACCGACACAAUAUUUCAAUUACCUCUUCCCUGACCUGCUUUCAGGAGAACAGCAUUCCAGAAUGAGAUGCAGGUGCUUUUGUUUUCAAGAACACACAAGCUCAGACAAAACAGGGUGUUUUGUGCUUUUAUCAUGCAGUCAACUAGAUCCAAAACCACGUGUGCCCCUCGCCUCGAUCAUCAGAACGAGGAAACAUCAAGCCAUAAUGCUAAAGACCGCAUUUAUUAGACACUCUGCAGGAUACAAAACAUCAUACGUGCAAAGUACCUUAAGAAACAGGUAGCUGGAAGCACACCCUUUGCCGUUACUAUUAAAAAAAAAACAUCUCUUUUUAAAAGGGUCCAAAUCACCAGAUGCUAAACUACCAGAGUAAAGCAGUGUAUUUGGAAGAUGGCUUUUCUACUUAUUAAGGCUGUGUUUAUUUAAUUAUUUGAUUAAAAAACUGUGAUAUAUAUAUAUAUAUAUAUAAUAUGUCCGUUUAAAAUAAUUAGGGCUGCACACUAUAUGGUUCCAGCAUUGAUAUCGCAAUGUGCGAAUUCGCAAUAGUCACAUCUCAGAAUGUGCUAUGUUGAGUUGGUAUUAUAGUUGAGUGUUUUUAGGGACUGUGACUGUGCGACAAUUCAGAAGAGCAUAAAGCAUCAAGGCACAAGAAACUGUAUAAUUUGUAACUUUAAUAAAUGUUAAUUUUAUAGAUUUAUUAAUAUGAUGAAGACAAUAGUGUUAUUUUAUAUUUUCCUUUUCAAUUUCUGUGCCUGUAGGACUGUAAAGCACUGCUUGUUUCAUUUAUAUCUUUGCUCUGACGUAUUUAUCAGUGCUUGAAAUUUGUGUGUGUGUGGGGGGUGGUUAUGCAGAUGAUUUAAUCCCUUCUAGAAUCAUCCUAAAUUAAGGUAUUCUUUUCAAAUAGAGCUAUUAAAGCAGUCUGGUUCAUUCGUAUUUAUAUCUCAAUAUAUAUUGCAGAAAAAUUUUAUAUCGCAAUGCUGGAUUUUUCCAAUAUCGUGCAGCCCUAAAAAUAAUUUUCUGAAUAUGUUAAAUGUAAUUUAUUCCAGUGACACAAAGCUGAAUUUUUUGCAUCAUAACUCUAGUAUUUAGUAUCAAAUAAUGCAUCAAAAAUGAUUCUAAUAUUCUGAUUCAUAUAUUUGUGUAGUUGGGAAAAUAAAAUGCACCAUGGUUUCCAUAAAGUUUCAAAAAAGCACCAGUCAUAAUUGGUCACAACAAAGCAGUAAAUCUGUAUAUUAUAUAUAAAUAAGUAAGUAAUGUGUAUUUAUAUAGUGCAUUUAUUGUGUAUGAACAUCCACCUAAAGCGCUUUACAAUCAUGAGGGGGUUCUCCUCAUUCCACCAACAGUGUGCAGCAUCCACUUGGAUGAUAUGACAGCAGCCACAGGACAACGGCACCAGUGCACUCACACUAGCUAUUGGUGGAGUGGAGAGACAGUGAUAGAGCCAAUUCGGUAGAUGGGGAUGAUUGUGGCCAGAACACUGGGGUUAAACCCCUUCUCUUUACGAGAAGUGUCAUGGGAUUUGUAAUGACCACAGUCAGGACCUCGGUUUAAUGUCUCAUCUGAAAGACGGCGCUCACUGACAGUAUAGCAUCCCCUUCACUUUACUGGGGCAUUAGGACUCACACAGACCGCAGGUUGAGCGCCCCCUGCUGGCCUCACUAACACCACUUCUAACAGCAACCUAGUUUUCUCAUGUGGUCUUCCAUUAGGGCUGUGCGAUAUGGGCAAAGAAACCUCUCAUGAUUUUCUUGAACAAUAUUGCGAUUUUGAUUUUAAUCACGAUUUUGACACACACACACAGACGUUUUACAGUAGAAAUCUAAAACAUAUUUCCAAAAGAAAAUAAUUAGAUCUUUAUCAAAGACCUGUAACAAGUCUCUAAAACAGACAUAUGCCAAGUCUUUAAAACAGACAUAUGCCAAACAUAUUUAAAUCACCUAGUAAGGGUGUAAUAAAUUGUCUCUAGAACAGACCUCUGGCAAAACAAAUAAAUAGAUUACUGUGUGUGUGCGCACAAGUAAGGCUCCGAUGUUCUGUUUGACCACAUGUCAGAAGUAGUUACAUGUAGCGACGCACCUCGUGCUUCCCACAUGCUUUUAGAUGCGAUAUGGGACUUACAGGUCUUACAAAUUAUCUGGUUGUGCGAUACAUCGGCCUUGAAAGUAAUCCCACACCACAGAUGUUGAGUUUUUUUGGCACCAAGUCCUCUUGUGCUGAACUCAUCAUCCCUGUUCAUGCAGCCUAUUUGUCAUUAAGCUCUCCUGUUCUCGCACUCUGUUUAGGCGCGCUGCGUUAUGAUUGGUUCAAAUACCAAACUGCGGGAAAAUCGCGCAUGUUAAAAAUUGCGCAUGUUCAAAUUGCGAUUUCGAUACGAUUUCAAUUAAUCGCACAGCUCUAUCUAUCUUCCUCCCAGGUACUAACAAGGCUAAGCCCUGGUUAUAAGUAUAAUUUAUAUGUAAAAAUUAAGCAUAUAAUCAUCUGACAUUAAAGACUGGAGUAAUGAUGCUGAAAGUUCAUAUUUGAACCACACGAAUAAAAGAAACGUUAAUUUAUAUUCACACAAAAACAUUACAUUGGAAAAACAUUUCACAAUAUUACUGUGUCUAUUGUAUUUUUGUGUAUAUAAUAUAUAGAUACGUUUUUUGUAUAUAAUAUAUGAAUAAAUGCAGUCUAGGUGAGCAGAAAAGUCGUUUUCUUAAAAGAAAAAAAAACGUUUCCAAACUCGGUGGCGUAAAUCCAAAUCUCACUGAUCCAUGCUCAAUAAAGGGCCUGUAAGUAAACCACAUGUUUUUUUUAUCUGCCCUAAAUGUAUUGUUCAUUAUUUUUCGUGCAUGCUCAGCACACGGUGUUAUGCAUCUUGAUGUUAAAACUAAAACCCGAUGUAAAAACAGCCCUAACGGAAGUCAAACGCUUCCCCCGUGUCUUCAUUUGAGGUCCCUCUUUGGCCAGUGUGAGCUCACUCCUCUCGUCUACCUGUACUCGAUAACAAAAACAUAAAUCUUUUUGUAUUAAACCAGAAAGAAACUAACACAUUUAUCAACAUUUAUAGGCAGGACUGCGGAAACCGGCUUCUUUUAAAAGAAGUAAAGCGUUCGUUCAAUGGUUUUUUUAUAAAUCAGCAUUGGUUUUGUUUAUAAGUUGGGAUUUAGCAACAACACGUUCAGGUGCUACAGGAAGACCAGUUACUGCUUUGGAUUCCUAGCUGUAGACUUUUCCUAACUGUUGUCAAUUGUUUUAAUACCAGUUGUGCGAAUCGAAGGACGUUAGUUACUAAACUCGUCAUCCUGACAAUAGAGCAUGUUUCAUGAGUUCAUUUUCAGACAUAACCCGGACACAAUAAAAUGGUGUUGUAGAGAAAACAAAAAAAACUAAGUGGAAUUGUUGGGCAGGUUACAAAUAACCAGAUUCCACCGUUAAUUUAUUCUUUUUUUUCUAUUAAGAAUUUGUAUAGUAACAUUUUUUCAAAAACCGUGUUGUUGGCAACUGAUACUGAAUUUUCCAGAUGAGAAAUGUGGUGGUUCUUGAGAUUCUGAAAUAAAUUAUUGCUGAAUGUUCUCUAAA